AAUGGAGGAUGACAGUGACCUUAAGCAGAGCUCCUGGGCUAAUUUACCUGAUGUCUGUCUGAGGCAUGUCUUCUAUUGGUUAGAUGACAAGGACAGAUCUCAAGCUGCAUUGGUCUGUAAAAAAUGGAAUCAAGCCAUGUACUCAGGAUCCCUCUGGAGAACCAGAACCAUCACAUUCAAUGGCCAACCAUCAAGGGCACAUGCAUUUGAAUAUGAAACUGCACUAUGGUACGUCAAGAAAUUUGGCAAGUAUUUGGAACACCUCAAAAUCAAGCUAUUGCAUCCUAACAGUACUGUCUUUACCCGAAAAUUUCAAGUGUCUAUGAGAAGCCUUUUCUCACAGUUGGGUAAAUGUAACUGUCGCCUGAUAUCCUUGAGCAUCAAGCACCUGGAAUUAGAUCGCUUGGUCUGGAAAAACAUAGUCAGGGCUCAGUUUAUCAAGAACUUAGGUACCUUUCUGAAAAGAAUGAGCAAACAGCUUAAUUAUCUCAACUUAAAAGGAGCAAGAGUAACCUUGGAAGAAGGCUGUGAGCUUCUGAAUUCUCUGAGCUACCUGACUAAUAAAAGCUUUAUAUCCGAAAUAAACAUUGAGGAUUUCUUCAGUCUCCAUCUUCCUGUCUACAGCAGCACCUUGUUCCACCAUACUGUGUCCAAGUUCCACAGCCUGGUUAUCCUGACUUUCAAUUAUAACUGUGUUUCUGAUGAACUGCUGGACAAUCUCUGUAAGAACAGUGCUCAUUCCCUGUGCACCUUGAAUAUCAAAUGUCAUAUCCAUGACCCCCAUGGGCAAGUGGUCCAGGGAAUGUCAUGGGCCAACUUGGCCAAAAGAGCCUCAAAAUUGAAUGUGAACUUCUACUUUGAAAGAGUCAUGAAACAUGACCAUCUAGCCAGGAUCCUGCUAGUGGAGAUACCAGUUAGGAGCAUCAGUUUACGGAGCUGCUAUUUCAGAAACCCAGACUGGAUGAUGAGACCUACUCUCACCAACAUCCUCCCAGCCUACUGGCAUGCGCUGCAGAAAUUAACCCUUGAAGUAAACAAUGACAAUGAGCUGCUGGAUGAUGAGCUGCUACAGCUUAUCUUAUCAUGCAGGAGAUUGUUUUUUCUGAAAGUCUGGGCAUUUCUUAGUGUUACUUUUGUGGAGAGGUUGCUACAGAAUCGUGCAGAAAGGAAAUGCUUUUUGACUACAAUAAAGGUCAGGAUUUACACAUCCCGACGGGAGACCAGUGAAGAGAAGCAGCUGUUGCACAAUAUUUACAAGAAAUUUAAAAAUCUGAUUGACUCAGAGCUUAACUAUUUUGUCAUCACCUAUCCACUGGAGUAAAGCCACAAGGAGUUACAUCUGCAAAUGAUGAACAAAUCCUUUGGAGGGCAUUAAUAGGAGAACUGAAUCUUGUCAGCAUCCCUCUGAAAGGGAGAUACCAUCGUAUGCAAAGGACAAUUUUACUAUGCCCUGGAUUAAAGUGUUGGACUUGGCAA